AUGUCAUUCAUGCUGCUGGAGGUAAAAUUAGGGCUGGAAACAUUGCGUGGGCAUGUUCUGAUGAGACGUGGGCUGGCGUGUGGCAGGGCUCGUGCGUGCCGAGAGGCCACCUUGGUGCGGUGCAGGUCUGGAGUGUUCGCAGGCUCUCCUGUCCUCGCCUGGUCCUCAACUCGCCCUGGGGCUGCUUGUGAUAAGCGCAGGUGGGCAGAGAGAGAAGUCCAGCUUCGCUGCCCGCCCUCCUUGGAACUGGACCAGAAGCCUGUUUUACACUUCGGACUCAAGCCCUUGACUGUUACUUUGACUUUGAACUAUGUGGGUAUUGCACAGCGAUGCACGGCUAUCAAGUACCACUUUUCCCAGCCAAUCCGCUUACGAAACAUUCCUUUCAAUUUGACCAAGACAAUUCAGCAAGAUGAAUGGCACCUGCUUCACUUGAGAAGAAUCACUGCCGGCUUCCUGGGCAUGGCCGUAGCCGUCCUGCUCUGCGGCUGCAUUGUGGCCACGGUCAGUUUCUUCUGGGAGGAGAGCUUGACCCAACACGUGGCUGGACUCCUGUUCCUCAUGACAGGGAUAUUUUGCACCAUUUCCCUCUGCACCUAUGCUGCCAGCAUCUCCUAUGAUUUGAACCGGCUCCCAAAGCUCAUUUACAGCCUGCCUGACGAUGUGGAACAUGGCUACAGCUGGUCUAUCUUCUGCGCCUGGUGCAGUUUAGGCUUUAUUGUGGCAGCUGGAGGUCUCUGCAUCGCUUAUCCAUUUAUUAGCCGGACCAAGAUUGCACAUCUAAAGUCGGGCAGGGACUCCACGGUAUGACUGUCCACACUCAAGUUCCCGGCUCGGUGGCCCGUCCUCCGUGCCGACGACUCCUGAGAGGAAUAUGGUGGAAUUCAAGUAGGGAUCCCAAGCACAAAACGGUCUCUUACAUUCCAAACGGUGGCCUGCCAGCCCUUUCUGGAUGACUGAUAGAAAAUCGUGCAAAACCUCCAUACCUUUCUACGGACAAGCCUACUGUGGAUUCAAGUGCUUUAAUGACUAUUUAUGCUUUGACUGUGAGAACUAGGGAACGGUGCCAUGGAACAUUUCUCGGUUUAGAAAAAGGGGAAAUUGCAAUGGAAAAAUUUGUAUGGUUGCCAUUUAUUUCAGAAAGUUUGUAUAUAACAAUUACCUGAGAGUCAUUUCUAUUUGCAAAAGGGUUCAUAACAAAGCGAGGAUAAUUUUCUUGUCAUUGUGCCAUGCUUGUUACAUUUUAAUGCAGUACCUUUGGAACUUGUCCUAAUGCUGUCUUGCUGUGUCACCACCAAAUAUCUGUGCGUUAUUUGUGGAUGUUCCUUGUCACGGGAAGAUUCCUCUUCUGUUGCCUUAUUUAUUUAUUUAUUUAUUUAUUUAUUUUUAAUUGAAGUCUCUUCUCUGUCUUUGUACUGGAAUCCAAAUCCCAAGAAAAACAGACCGACCGUGAAAGAGCUAAUCCGUGACACUAUGCAGUAUGGUUCAAUGUCUUACCUGUUGGUUAAUCUCUGUCUCUUUCUGUUAACUGGAUUUCUGCAUUAAAUGACUGCCCUCUUGUUAA